UAAAAUAUAAUGAGUAAAGAAGUAUAGGAGCUAUAAGAAGCAUUAGAGUAUUAGGUAGAUGUUGUAUUGAGACUUGAAGAUGAACGAUUACUACUAUAAAAGGAGAAUAAUAUACAAAAGUAAUUAAAUAUGUAAAUUCGAGGGAGAAGUUGAAAGAAUUGAAUACAAUGUUGCAAAAAUAUCUUGGAUAAUAAUUACUUUGCAUUGAAAAACACACCUAAACUGAAUUAUAAGUAAAGUAGAAUUUUGAAGUACAAACACAAGAAGAUGAAAUCAUUUCAGAUUAUUCAUUAAGUAAUUCCACAGUAUCAGUGAUCAAUUAAUAAUCCUUUACUUAACAACAAGAUUAAUCAAAUUCUUCUAAAUUAUUAGAUCAAGCAAAAUCUUUAGUGAAGUAAUCUGCUUCAAGACUUCCAGCAAAAAAAUUAAAAUUUUGCGGAGAUAAUUAUAAAGAGAAUAAGGAUAAUAAGGAUAAUCAAGAAAAAAAAGAAGUAAAACCAGCAAACACAAAACAAUUAGAUUCAUAAAGUGAAGCAUUAACUAGAGAGAUUGUAAAUUUAACCAAAUAAUUACAACAAUUAAAAGUAUAUAAUCAUUCUAUAAAAGUUACAAUAAAGAAGUUAAUAAGACACAAUUAAAAAAUAUGAAAAAGACAGUGGCGAAUUAGUUAAAUUAUUAGAAGUGAAAAAUGAAAUGUUAAACAAAUUAAGAAAUGAAAAUGCAGAAAUGGCAAUUAUAAUUAAUUAGGAUAAAUUUAAAAGUGUUCGCUAAUUAGAUUAAGAGUUAAAAAAAGAGAGAGAUGAUAAAGUUAAAUACCAAGCAUUAGCUAAUUAAAAAACAGAAGAAAAUUAACAUUUAGUUGAAGAACUUAAGUAAUUCAGAGAAGUUCUAUCAAAAUUAACUAAUGAAUUUGAAAAAUAUAGAAGCACGUAAAUUAUUUAUUUUAAUGUAGACACAAUCAAAGCAACGUAAGUCAAUCAAAAAUAGAUGCAGUAGAUACUACUUUUUAUUAGGAAGAAUUAAAAAUUAAAGCUUCCACUAUAAAUGAAUUAAAAUUGUAAAACCAGUAGUUACAAGAAGAAGUAGACUACUUUAGAAGCUUAAGCUUGCAAUAAAAAAAGAUCGCCGAAAAAUAAGAAGAAGAUCUAGACUUUUAUAGAGAAAUCCUAAUUAAGCACAAAAUAAUUAAAUAAUGA